AUGUCUCAACGGGGGGUAAUCCGGGACAUCGUCAUCACGCCAGUGGCAUUCCACGACAUGCCAUUGCUGAAUAGUGUUGGCGUACACGAACCGUUUGCACUUCGCAGCAUCAUUGAGGUUAUUACGGACGAUGAAUACGGAUUAGGCGAAUCGUACGGCGACUCAACCCACCUCAGCCGACUACAACUCGCCGCCGAUCGCAUCAAGGGUCUUUCAGUCUACAACACAAAUUCCAUCUACCAAGUCUGUGUUGAAUGUUUGGAAGGUGACACCAGUACUGGCGGCGACGGCAUGUCUGGCAUGGUGACUACGGCCUCGGUAACUGACAAGGUUUUUUCCCCAUUUGAGGUUGCGUGCCUCGACAUCCAAGGCAAGCUAGCGGGCGUCCCCGUGAGCGAUCUCCUCGGUGGCCGCGUCAGGGAUAACGUCCAAUAUUCGGCAUAUCUAUUCUAUAAGUGGGCUGGUCACCCUGGAGAGCCAGAUGACGAGUACGGCGCCGCCUUAGAUCCUGCCGGAAUUGUGAAGCAAGCACAGAAGAUCAUUGGCGAAUUUGGAUUCAAGGCCAUCAAACUUAAGGGCGGCGUCUACCCGCCAGCACAGGAGGUCGCAGCUAUCAAAGCAUUGCAUGCAGCUUUCCCAGGUGUACCACUGAGACUGGAUCCUAAUGCCGCUUGGACGAUUGAGACCUCCAAAUGGGUAGCCAAGGAAUUGGAAGGGAUAGUCGAAUAUCUAGAGGAUCCAGCCCCAGAGAUCGAAGGUAUGGCAGCGGUGGCUAAGGAUGCGUCAAUGCCGUUAGCGACGAACAUGGCUGUAGUCGCCUUCUCUCACCUCCCUACCUCAAUCUUGCAGAACGCUGUUCAAGUGGUUCUAUCCGACCACCACUUUUGGGGUGGCUUGCGCAAGUCUCAAACACUAGCCACCAUCUGCGCGACCUGGGGUAUGCGGCUUUCGAUGCACUCCAACAGUCAUUUGGGCAUUUCACUUGCCGCCAUGACUCACCUGGCCUCUGCAACACCCAAUUUGGACUACGCUUGUGAUACCCACUGGCCAUGGAAGCCUCGCGACGAGGAUGUUGUCAUUGAUGGAGCUUUGAAGUGGGCCAACGGUGGCUUGCACGUUCCAACUGAACCUGGGUUGGGAGUUGAGCUCGACAGAGAGAAGCUGGCGCGUCUGCAUCAGCAGUAUCUAGAUUGUGGGUUGCGGGAACGGGACGACACUACAUACAUGAGAAAGUUUCAACCAGGUUUUUCCGCCAAAAUUCCUAAGUGGUAA